GAUCAAUGUGUCGGGUUCCGACCAGCCCCGCCCAUUUCCCAUUUUUCCCUCCGAUUCCCUCGAUUCUGGUGCCGCCUCUCCGAUCCCUCUCCUCUUUCACAGUCUUACGAUGGCCGACUCCAACGAGAUACUGAGUCAACCCUCGACAGAGAUCCAAAAAUAACUCCUUUGUCCUGUCCAAAUCCAAGAGGGUACGAGUACAAUACUCACCCUCCUCAGUCGAGGGCAACGGUGCGAUGUCGAACCAACGGGCCGGCGGGGAAGGCCGCUCUGGUGGGGGAAAUGAUCCUUCAUUGGCCAAGACAGCUGGGUUCCUGGUCUUCUCUGGCAUUGCCCUCAGCAUACUCAAAACCCUAAACCCUCUCAACAAAAACCGCACUGCUAGCUCGUCGGAGUCGCUCGCUGGGUCGGUUCAGCCUACUAGGGAAGCUCCGCCUCCGCCUCAGCCUCAGCCUCAGCCUCCGCCUCCUCCCGUACGACGACCUUCAGCCGAACCCAUCACCAAGAGACACGCAUCUGCUGAUCAAUUUGUGGCGCAGUCUCUGCAUCGAACAGUAGAGAUCGCAAAGGGAGACACGCUCUGGGGAUUAUCCCAAAAAUAUGGAGUGCCGGUUGAUGCAAUAAAAGAGGCGAAUGGGUUAACGGGGGACACUAUCUAUGCAGGCAGGAAGCUUAUUAUUCCAUGAUAGGAGAACAAGUUCUUGUCCCAAGUCUUAUUGUAACUGCUCUUUUUGAUUUCGAUGAUAUGCUGCUUGAAGUUGGACGAAAGAGGCAACACAGAUUAUGAACCUGAGGGAUAGCCCAUCAUGAGCACAAAAAUGUUAGUUGUCGAUUAUGAUACCGGUGUGAUUGAUCCAGGAGGCAAAAAAUUUAUUGUAGAUUAUGCUUGACUAUAACUUCACAUGAAAGGGAAAAACUUGGAAAUAGAGAGCACACCUUGGUUGACUCGGGACAAUAUUCAUGCAGUCUGGAAGCUUAUUAUUAUGUGAUACAUUACGAAGUAUUCUUCAUGCCAGAGACGGUUUCUGUACAUUUUCAGCAUCCAGCCUUAGAUAUCAAUGAGAGGUGCACAGAAUUAUAGGAUCAAGAGUGGCUUGUUUAUUUGGUCAGCUUUGUUUCAGAAAUGCUUCUGCAAUUGCCAUAACUUGUUCAAUGAUCAAGCUUUCUUCUCAA